UAUAUAGGUAUGUAUAUACAUAUACAUAAAUAUAUAUAUGUAUGUACUGUCUGUAUGUGAGGGAGUAGGGAGCGGUGUGGGAAGGAAGCUGCCGCCAUUUUAGAGCUCCCUAAGGGAGACCCUCCCCCUGUUAUACUUCACACCCACUCCGUGUUCCCCCUCGCACGCCCAUAUUUGAUUUUUUAAUCCUUUCCUCUGCCCCUCGUAAUUCCUCCCGAGGCCCACCUCUUUCUCCGUGUCAGCAAGCCAUGUUCUGGAAGUUUGACCUCCACACGACCUCUCAUAUUGACACCCUCUUGGAGCGUGGCAACGUGACCCUUUUUGAACUUCUGGAUGAAGAGGAUGUGCUACAGGAAUGCAAGGUGGUCAACCGCAAGCUGGUGGACUUCCUGGUUCAGCCUGAGCACAUGGAAGCACUGGUCACCUGCGUGACAGAGGAGCCCCCUGGGGACGUGGAUGAGAGAGUACGCUACAAGUAUCCAAGUGUGUCGUGUGAGAUCCUGACAUCAGACGUUACCCAGAUAAACGACGCAUUGGGAGAGGACGAGUCUCUCUUGCGGCGCCUCUACGGCUUCCUGCAGACUGGAGGUAUCCUCAACCCGCUGCUGGCUAGUUUCUUCAGCAAGGUCAUGGGGAUUCUUAUCAACCGCAAGACUGAUCAGAUAGUUGCCUUCCUGCGCAAGAAGGACGAUUUUGUCAACCUGCUGCUAUGCCACAUCGGUACCUCGGCCAUCAUGGACCUCCUGUUGCGGCUCCUCACCUGUGUGGAGCAGCCACAGCUCAGACAAGAUGUGUUCAAUUGGCUUAAUGAGGAGAAGAUUGUGCAGAGGCUCAUUGGGAUGAUCGACCCUUCAAAAGAUGACAAUCAGCAUUCCAAUGCUUCACAGUCCUUGUGUGACAUUAUCCGGCUGAGCCGUGAGCAGAUGAUCCCAAUCCAGGACAGUCCUGAGCCCGACCAGCUACUGGCUACACUGGAGAAGCAGGAGACGAUUGAGCAGCUGCUAAGCAAUAUGCUGGAUGGAGAACGGAGCGAGUCUGUCAUUGUCAAUGGGAUCCAGGUCUUGCUGACCCUGUUGGAGCCGCGCAGACCCAGGACAGAGCUGGGCGGCAUGGGGGGCUUUUACUGCAACCUGGAGGGGCAGAUGGAGAUGACCGGGCCCAACUGUGAAGUGGCUUCAAGCCAAGCCAGUCUGGGCACUCUGCUUGCCAUCAAACAGCGUCUCAGGGAGCUUCACCAGCUGCUGCUCGACCCACCAAAGAAAGAGUCCCUGCAGACGACGUGGGGGACCUUGGACCCUCCGUUGGGCAACACGCGCCUGCAUGUGGUGAAGCUGCUGGCCAGCUCCUUGGGUACCAACAAUGCAACACUGCAGGAUGAGAUUAUAGAGCUCGGGGCCCUCGACACAAUGUUGGACCUCUACUUCAAGUACACAUACAACAACUUCUUGCACGCUCAGGUGGAGGCCUGCCUUAGCAAUGUUUUCAGUUCCCAUGCUGGGGAUGAGACCAUUGAGAACCACUCGGAGCCCCUCCCAGAGAACCCCGUCAUCCAACAUUUGCUGCAGAAGUGUCGCUUAAUCCAAAGAAUCUUGUCUGCCUGGGAAGAAAAUGAGCUAUCGCAGUCUGUUGGGGGAAGACGCAAGGGCUACAUGGGGCACCUUACCCGCAUUGCCAAUGCCUUAGCUCAAGCCUCAGAGAAGUGGCCCCACUCCACCCUUAUCAAGCAGCUCUUGAAAGAGCUGCCUGAGGAGGAACAGGAGCAGUGGGAGAAGUUUGUCUCAGGGCCCUUGUCGGAGACUAACAAGAAGAACACUGUGGAUCUUGUUAACAUGCACAAUCUCCACUCGUCAAGUGAUGAUGAUGAGAACGACCUCAAGGAGUUCAGCUUCCCUCAGGAGGCUGUCCUGCAGCAGGCCUUUGUAGAUUACCAGCUGCAACAGAUGACUUCGGCGUUCAUCGACCACUUUGGCUUUAACGAUGAGGAAUUUGGCGAGCAAGAAGAGAACGUCAACGCUCCCUUUGACAAGACGGCCAACAUCACCUUCUCCUUGAAUGCUGACGACGACAGCCCUAAUUCCAACCUCUUCGACAUCUGCUACAAAGAGCGCAUCCAGCAGUUUGACGAUGACGACGAGGCUGACGGUUCCGACGGGGAGGACAUCUGGCAGGAGAAGGAGGCUGCUGUCUCUUCUAGUAUGGCACAGCCUGACACAGUCAGCAGGAGCCUUGGCAGCACAGAUAGUGAGGACAGUGAAGACUCAGAAGAGGGAGAAGGAGGCGAGGAGGAAGAUCCUGGUGGGGGCGAUGGAGAUGCCACACAUGUCAGCAACGGUUGCGGUGAACAGACGGAGGGGGAGAGAACGUUAGGAGAUCCUGACUGGGCAGAUAGCCCCUCUGAUCCUUCCUCGGAAUCUAUGGUGUCCUCGCAGCCUGCGGCAGCUGACACAGGAGCAGCGGUGUGGGAUCGGCCCAACUCAGAUGCCUCCUGCCCAACCACAGAUAAGAAUUGGGCCUCAUUUGCAGAACCCCAUAUACAGCAAGAGAGGCCCCCCAAAGCACUUGUGGACCCUGCUUCCCCUGCAGCCCCCCCUCAGGAAGUGACGCAAAGCAAUGUAUCCACAGCAGGAGAAACCUCUAGUGUUCAACAGGAACCUCCCACUCCAGACACAGGCCCCCCAGAAGGGGGUGACCCACCAAAUCCCGUCGCCAUGACAACAGUAGCCAGCAGCACAGUAGAGCCUCCCCCAACUACCUCUGAUUCCGCCCAGCCGCUCCAGGGGACAACAGAGACUCCGCAACCCCAGCACAGCAGCUCCCAACAGACAGAAGAGCAGCAGCAGCCGGCAGCCAGAUAAAGCCUCUCCGUGGGUCUCGUCACUGGGGAAGGCCCACAGCUGCUUGCUCGAACAAGUCCAUUUUGCCAGGGACUGUCCCCAGUCCUUCCGGUGCCUUCACCCCUGUGGGCAGGUGGGGGGGGGGCAGAAGAGAAAGCAGCAAGGGGCAGCGAAAGAGCCCAGCCUUUCCCCCUAUCCCACCCCGAGCAAUCACUGAAGAAACCAGGACCUGGUACCGACGAGCACCUGCGAGAGAAACGGAUGUGCGUUCCAAGCGCAAAAGCAUCUUCCUCCUCCUGGCCCGUUGGUUGGCACAGCCCAGCAAAAGAGUGCCUCUCCCCCAGGAAUUCUGCAGGGCGGGGGGGGAUCUGUCUCUCCUCCUUUGGCCUCUUUCCCCUACGCCCCCUCCCUCCCAGUAUGCAUACAUACACACUGCUGCACUGAGCAAAACCUGUCUGUUUUGAUGCAAUUAAAUUUUAUGCUUAUAUCGUACCAGAGGUCUUCUGAUGGGGGGGUAACACUGAAUAGGGCGGGGAGGACAACAACCCCACCAAGCAACAGUCUUGCCACUGUUUUUGAGGGCUGCUCUUCCACCUGACAGCCACACCUGCAAGCACAAGUCUGCCACAUCUCCUCUCUCCCCAGCCCCCCCCCCCCCCGGUCUCCAAAUUUGCCUGCAGGGUGGCAGGUCGGAUUAGCACGGCAGAAUUAUCUCACAGGGUAAAGAAGGAUCAGGAGGUUGCCUAAAGCGGCUUCUCUGAAGGCCACUGCCUCAAGUGGGGAAUGAAGGGGGUGUGGUCCUGUGAGAGGUGCUGGGUUUGUCCUUUCCACGCUGGGAUGAAAUCGUGAUAUUUCUGCCCUCGUGACGCUUGUUUGAAGCUAAUAUCCCAGAGGAAACAAUGGGUGGCCGAGGGGAGGAAGGCAGAGCCAGCCUCCCUUGUCUCCUGGCUGAAAAUAGUUGCUUCCGUCCCCCACCUGCCUCCCCAAACAUCACCAUCAUUUGGGGUUCUUCAACCAGUGUACUCAGUAAAAAGAAUUUUUAGGAGAGAUGUGUGCAUACAACCAUGUGAAAUCUGGAUUGACCCUAAAGUUUCCAUCAUAUUGAUUCUCCCACUGUCGGCAUACAUCCACCAGCUCACUGAGAUUUAAGCUGGACCUCCUCCCAGUGGAUUUUUGGCUUUCCCCACUCACUUUCCUUCCAGUAUUGGUUUGUUUCCUUAUCACUAUUAAAGAGCUUCACCGGAAGCCCACAGUCUCUCCCGCAGAGCCAAGCAGCAGCAUGGUGGGGAGGGGAAGCGCGAUACCCUGUCAUAGCAUCUUCCCUCCCAUGGUAGUGGUUCUUGAAAAAAGACAUUGGGGGGGGGGAAUGAUACCCAUGCCAGCAGCACGUGUUCUAUAGUUGGUUUUGGAAAUGAUCCUUAGCCCUGCUCCUAACUGCAGCAACUGCUGGAUCAAAAUAUUGCAAUCUUUUCCCUCGGGAGUCAUCAGUAACAGGGAGGGUUUCUUUCUCUGGGGUUAUGUGGUGGGAUUCACCUUGCAGAACUACAGUAAGUACAUUGUAGAAAAGUAACUUUAGGUCCCCAGUUUAUUCCCCCUGCAUCCCUGAAUAUGUUUGGGUUGCGUGGGUGGGGUUUUCUCCCCCCCCCUCCAUCUACUUAAAACCAAAUUCUCCUGCCUCUUUGAGAGUUCUGGCUCAGAGUCCUGCACUUAACAACACAAAAGACCAAAAUGACCCCGGUAGAAUGCCCUAGGGACCUAUCUUGCAGCCUCCCCUUCUCCAUAAUCUUUGUUCCAAAGAGAAAUGCCCCCCCCCCACUUCCCAGUUACACUCCCUUGAAGGCCAAGGAGCUCUUACUCUUACCCCAACCAGAUCCUGCUCCUUUUCUCUUGGGGCUCCUAGAAACAGGACUUUCCACCAAAGGCCUCAGAAUUACUGCUUUUUCUCUCUCUCCUGGCCUCCCAUCGAGCUGUUGGCGUGCUUUGGACUUUUCUGUAGCUCCUUUUUAUAGUGUUCAAAGGAAAAAGAACUCACUGCCUCACCCUUGCCUCUGACUACAGAAUUGGGACAAGUGCAUUGCAAAAAAAGUUCAGCCAAGAACACCUUGAGAUUUGGAUGGGGACGUAACACCCAGCGCCCCUGGGGGCUCGGUGUAUGCGUGGGGGUGGCAAGAAGAUCUAAUACCAAGGUUUGUGGAGGUCUGAUUCGGGACAUUGAGCGUGGUAGGAAGCAAAGUCACGGUGGAGGAACCUUUCCCUUUGCGUAAGCACUAAGCACGCUUCACCCCACCUCUUUACUUCCAGGUGGUCAGUAAACUUGUAUCCCUUUCCCCCAUCUCUCCCUUUCCUCUUUCUCCCACCCCCAUAUAAGUGGCAAUAUUUCUUGAAGCUCUUAAACCACAAAGGACAGAAGUGGCCUUUCGCGUUGUCUGCGUCAUGCCAUGUCAGUAAUUUCUUUUUUUUCUUUUUCCCUGUGUGUGUGUAUGUGUGUGUUCAGUUUGAAUAAAGAGAUUCUAUGGCCGUAAUA